AUGAUAAAAGUAAAAGUGGAACAGCACUUAAGCGUUUUCAUUGCAGGCGAUACUGAAGUGAUACCUUUUGCGACGAAGUGCCAUCCGGUAACCGGUGAAUGCCUUUGCUCAGAGGGUUGGACUGGACCCGAUUGUCGAACACCAUGUCCACCCAACAGGUGGGGUACUGGUUGUAGAUCGGAAUGUCAGUGUCAGAAUGAUGGAACAUGUGACCCGAUCACUGGAUUCUGCGACUGCCCAGCCGGUUUCAUGGGUCGACACUGCGAAAUAGAAGCUUUGAUUAUCCGGCAGGUUCUUGAAUAUUCGAAGUGGGGGCCGAACUGCAGCCAAAAGUUCAGUAGCAGCCAAAAUUAGGA